UGGGAGGAUAAGCUGGGAGGAGAGUUGAAUUAAUGAAUUAAAAUGUCUUGACACAGUGAGUGACUGAAUACUUCUUCAUUUAUUAGGAGAGACAAUAUAAGACGAGGGAGCUAGCCGGCCACACUUCAAGUUCCAUCCAAACUGGAGAACUUCAACAGCGCGAGAUGCUGGCCGAGAAGUUCUGCUUGUCUCAUUUCACGAGAACCCAAUAACAAUCAACCGGAACCGGUACCGACUGACACUUGAGUGUUGUGCUAACGUUGAUUUGGUAGGCUCUCAUUGGCAAAUGCGGUUGUUGACUGAGACCUGAACUUCUGUUUAUUCGGUAAUCUUAUUUGAUUGUUUUAGGCGUACAAUGGAAAAUAAUUUAGUACAAUUACCGAUCCAAACUUAGGGACUGUUUGUUAUGUAUUUCGUGAACAUGUGUGUGGCGGGUCUGUCAACAAGUGCGCAUCGCUCCAAACCGUGAGCUCUCUCAGUCGGUUAGACAGACAGCAAGAAAACCACAUUAGUUUCGUUAAAUGGUCAUUGGACUGUUGACGAAACUUACAAUUUCACUACUGUAUCCAACGCCACACGUGACUAUUACGAAUCAACAUAAGCUGCAGCGAUGACGUCGGCCACGCCCCCCUCCUCGCAGGGCUCCUCCCCCCAGAAGGUGUGCCACUCUACGACCCAGACGGACGUCCUGAAGCCCCUGCUGGGGGCGGCGGGGGCCGGGGGGGCGGCGGCGGGGGCGGGGCUGGGGGCGGCGGGGGCCGGGGGAGUGGGGGCCCUGAGACGGAGGCGGCGUGUCCUCUCCAAGGACGGGCGGAGCAACGUGCGCAUCGAGCACGUGACGGGCCGCGGGGCGCUGUACCUCCGCGACCUCUGGACGACCUUCCUGGACAUGCAGUGGCGCUACAAGCUCUUCCUGUUCGCCGCCACCUUUGCCGGGACCUGGUUCCUGUUUGGCGUGCUGUGGUACCUGGUCGCCUUGGUGCACGGAGACCUACUGGAGUUUGACCCCCCCUCCAACCACACCCCCUGUGUGAUGCAGGUCCAGACUCUGACCGGGGCCUUCCUCUUCUCGCUCGAGUCGCAGACCACGAUUGGCUACGGCUUCCGCUGCAUCACCGAGGAGUGUCCCGCCGCCAUCAUCCUCCUCAUCCUCCAGCUGGUCAUCACCAUGGUGAUGGAGAUCUUCAUCACAGGGACCUUCCUCGCCAAGGUGGCUCGCCCUAAGAAGAGGGGUGAGACGGUGAAGUUCAGCCAGCACGCCGUGGUGGCCAAUCACGACGGCCGGCCCUGCCUCAUGAUCCGCGUGGCCAACAUGCGCAAGAGCCUUCUGCUGGGCUGCCAGGUGACGGGCAAGCUGCUGCAGACGUCCCUGACCAAGGAGGGGGAGACGGUGCGUCUGGACCAGAGGAACGUGCCCUUCCAGGUGGACACGUCUACAGACAGCCCCUUCCUCAUCCUGCCCCUCACCUUCUACCACAUCAUCGACGACCUCAGCCCUCUGAGGGCCUGGGCCACCAAAGGCGGGGGGUGGACUGACCCGGAUCUGGCGGACUUUGAGCUGCUGGUGAUCUUGAGCGCCACGGUCGAGCCCACCUCGGCCACCUGCCAGGUGCGCACCUCCUACCUGCCCGACGAGAUCCUGUGGGGCUACGAGUUCCCCCCCGUGGUCUCCCUCUCCGCCUCGGGGAAGUACGUGGCCGACUUUUCCUUCUUCGACAAGGUGGCCAAGACCAAGACCCCGCCCUUUUUCAAACAGGCCCCGCCCCCGAGCCCCGCCGCCCGCUCGCCGGUCCGCCGCAGGGGGGCGACGGAGGAGGCCGGGGGGGCGGACCGGGAGAAGAUGCGCCUGGAGGAGAGCUAUAAGGAGAGGGGGGAGGAGAGGGGGGAGGAGAGGGGGAGGGAGAGGGGGAGGGUGAGGGACAGCAGUCCUCUCAAUGUCCGCAUCAGUAAUGUGUAGAGAGAGAGAGAGAGAGAGAGAGAGAGAGAGAGAGAGAGAGAGAGAGAGAGAGAGAGAGAGAGAGAGAGAGAGAGAGAGAGAGAGAGAGAGAGAGAGAGAGAGAGAGAUGGGGAAGUUGGAGUGGCACCGCGGAAAAAACCCAUGCUUCUAUUUUUACACACGCACGCCCACAUGUGCAAAACAGAUGUGUCUUUUGGUUCAAACUGAAUGGAAUCUAGGUCUUGCAGAAUCACGUUGUGCAUGCUCCAGGGUUCACCCCACAACCAACAAUGUAAGUUUUCCCAAAUGACAGACGUGUAUGUAUUCACGGCGGGAAACUCGGAACACAUGGAAAAGAUCGAUGGCGACCAAAACCCAACGGAACCCUGAGGCGAACUGUUUCCCUGGAACUCAAUCACAAAAUCAUGGAUGACUGAUGUUCCUCAGUGUUCCUCAGUGUUCUCUACAGCCCCGACAAGGUGUUUUGACGAGAGAGAAAGAGUCGACAAAGAGGCAUUGGAAGCUUGCUGUUUCUACAGUAGUCAAAAUGGAAUGUAUCGCGGUGGUUGGCAGAGUUUUACGUUUGUGUCUUUAACAGCUUGUCAGCACUCACUCAAUAUGUAUUUUAAGUGUCUAUGUUGGACGGGAUGUUUGUCGUCAUUGGAAUAUAUAAACCGUGUGUUUUGAAUGUGAAUGGAGGAAAUUUGGUAACACUACUAAAAGCACUUUAACUCCACGGGAAAAUCAGUACUGUACACUGAGAGCUUAACAGGACUAACCGUAUGACUUAUCACACUGGUUUAUCGACAUAUUACGUGUGUGUGUACUGUGUGUGAGUGUGUGUGCGCACAUGCGACCGUGUGUGUGAGUUAGCACUCUCUAUGACCACUAUGAGAGUGUGUGUGUGUCUGGAAAAAGAGCUAUGUAUGUACAUGUGAGAAAACAUAUGACACACUUAACAAGGAAACAAACCCCUUUAGAACCAAGCACCAUAGAAUGCAUCUCUCUACCCAAUACUGCUGUUAAACUAAGAUCAACUCAGAGGUGUGAUGUCACUCUUCAGAACCAGCGGGGUGUCACAUGUCACAUGAUGUGUCACAUGAUAUGACACCCCGCUGCGCACACAGGAAGUCAGCUGAACAUCUCCCCUUGUCAUAACAUCUCCUGAACUGGGUUGCAUUUUCUGGUGUUUGGUUUUCAGCCUACCUUUUAAAGGGCAUUUGGAACAUGGUUUUCCCCAUGUCCAUCUUGACCUGCCCUGGAAUUUACACAGCAUUAAAACACAACACUACCA